GACUGCGAUAAUUCUAGGGAGUUUAUUGAGAAAAUUUGACAUGUGGUGUUGUGUUGUGUUGGGUGUGGUGAUGUGGAAGGUUUCUUCGAGCGAGGCGAAACUCGUCGAUAUUUUCAAGAGCGAAAUCGAAGUUCUCGAAAACAUGAUUCGCUUAUCGCUGCGUUCGGGCUUAGAUUUAGUGGAGAAUCACGUAAAAGAACUGGAAGAGAAAACUUCCGAGAUAAGAAAUGAAGCGAUUAAUUUGAUAGAAGAGCACGGGUUUAGCGCACUCGAAAAUUUGGAAGUUUACACUGAGGCGUUCGCCGCUAGGGAAAAAAACGGGAGUCGGUGUGCCGAGGGGUUGGAGACGACUAUAUCGAGGACUCAAGACCGAGGGGUUAAUAAGCUCAAGACGUCGAACGUGUUUGCGAAAAUCCAGACUUUGGUGACCAAGUCGCUGCCAAUCAUGCUGAAGUUUCAGAAUGCUACUUUCGAAAUGAGAGAAGUGGCAAAAGGUUGCGCCUACGCCGACGACGACGAAUGCGUGUCCAAGGCCGUGGAAACCGUGGAGAACCUAAAGGAAGUGACGCCGUCGCUGAUCCAAACCGUGAUCAAUCGAUUGGAGAUGCAGAUUAAGAUUGUGGAAGCCGAGCUGGUCUCCGAGGUGCAGAAGGUCGUGAACGGGGUUGUGGAGGAGCACAGCGACGUGCUCUUCGACUUCAUCCAGUGCAUAAUCCAAGUUUAAAUUUAUCCCGUUUUUAUUAGCCGGCGAAAGUUGGAAAUGAGUAAUAAGUUUGCGAAGUUUGGGCAGAGCUGGAAAAAUAAUAAACUAAAUAAAAGCAUCAGGAACGAGAGGGUUUAAGCCGCAAAGAAACAUUAAAGCUUUCUGUGUCGGGGCUUAAUGUCCGAUGUAGAGCUUUAAAUCCUAAUUAAGCAUUAAAAGUCAGACACUCUGUUUUUGCAGCACUUGCCUAGGGACUUGACAAAAGCAUUUCGGUUAUAAAACGUAGCAGUUGGGCCUCUUGUGUAUUGUCGGCCGUCUUUCACGGUUUCCAUCAGUAUAAUGUCACGGAACUUUAUUACCGACCCUUCUCGGCCCGGCCAUUAAGCCAUGACAUAGAUACCCUUAAAAUCUGCCAGCUUCACAAGUUUUUUCCCUCGCAAGCCUGAAACAGAACCGUACUAGGAAUUUUAUUGACGAUUAUCGGACCGUGUUGACCCUGCGCUAUAAAAAAGGGUUGCCUAAAAUCUUAUUUCGAUUUCAAUUUGGCGAAAUUUUAUUCACCAGUUUUAAUUGGUUCGAGACUCUAAAGUUUUUUUUCAGAAAAGUGAAAUUGUGACUAAUUCGUGACGACCUGGUUAAUUGUGACACGCGCCCCCAAGUACCGCAAACUUCACUCCUCUACAGUCAAUUUGUGUCAUAAAUAAAACAACUUUUGUAUUGU